UAUUCCGCCACACCGUAAGUAAGCGAUGGUCAGCCCCGCACAUAUCGCUCCUAAGGAAACAGGGUCCUUUCCUACCAUUGCUAGUAUUCUUCAUUCUUAAAUUCUUUGCACACGUAACAUGAGGCUAGGAGGCCAGGAAUGGCUCUAGCAAAAGAAUUGUGAACAUGGAGAGGUAUCCAUUGAAUGUAUUCAUGCCUAUUACGACCGCUGACUAAGUCCCAUGUGGCUACCGGUCCUCUGCUCCGAGUCCGUUUUUCUCUUGUCUAAUGUCAUUUAACCUCUAAACACCUCUCAUUCUCUCACUGGCUACUUCUUUCGUCUCUCCUUUUGCUCAUUUAGACGGUCAAGAUGCUGAACGGGAGUGGAAUAAAAAUUUUCUCUGGGACUAGCCAUCCGGAACUAGCAGAGAUUAUCGCUCGUCGAAUAGGCCUCCCACUAUCAAAAGCUGAAGUCACACGCAGUGGAAUUGGAGAAACCAAUGUUCGCAUUGCUGAAUCUGUGCGGGAAAACGACGUCUACAUUAUCAAUACCGGAUGUGGCGCAGUCAAUACGGCACUGAUGGAGUUGUGCAUAAUGAUCCAUGCCUGCAAGAUUGCGAGCGCAAAGAGGAUUACGGCCGUACUCCCCCUGUUUCCCUAUGCACGACAGGACAAAAAGGAUAAAAGUCGGGCGCCUAUAACAGCCAAGCUGGUGGCGAAUAUGAUACAGCGUGCAGGCUGCGACCACGUUAUUACCAUGGAUUUGCAUGCCUCCCAGAUCCAAGGAUUCUUCGAUGUGCCACUGUACGCGGAACCUUCUGCAAUUCUGUAUAUCCGGACGCACUUCGAUCUGAAGAAUGUCGUUAUCGUCUCACCCGAUGCGGGCGGUGCCAAGAGGGCUACGUCGAUAGCUGAUCGGCUGGGAGUUGAUUUUGCAUUGUUUCACAAGGAGCGCAAGAAAGCCAACGAAGUGUCUCGGAUGGUUCUCGUCGGCCAUGUGAAAGGCAAGGUCGGAAUUCUCGUCGAUGAUAUGGCUGACACCUGUGGUACGCUGUGUCUCGCAGCCCAACACCUUGCAGAAGCAGGCGUGGAGAAGGCAUAUGCAUUUGUAACACACGGCAUUCUAAGCGGGAACGCGCUAAAAUCCAUCGAAGAAAGCACGCUGGAGAAACUGAUUGUGACGAAUACUCUGCCUCAGGAGGAGAACCAGCGCAAGUGCCCUAAAAUCGAGGUCAUUGACAUUGGAGUGGUAUUAGGAGAGGUCAUCCGACGGAGCCACUACGGAGAGAGCGUGUCGAAGCUAUUUCACGAAGUUCCGUACUAGCAGCAAUCUAGAACAUGCUAUGUUAUUUUAUGUUAAUUUUUUUUCGGCAAUUUGUUUUAUGAAAUAGAAUAAAUUUGCAAUUGCGGCGGUACGGCCGAUUUGGGGCCGAAUUGACGGUUGGUGAC